CACGGGUUAUUCCCCCUUGUUAAGUCCAGUUCCUGAUUUAAUGAGAGAAUUAAAGGCAUGUGCUAACGUCCUCCCACUGUCAGUCUUGUUGGAAGGUCGACAGAGCAGGAGGAACCGAGCAUCUGAGUUACCAGCUACUUCAUGUUAAAUAACAUGCUGCUGGGGUGGGGGCUAUUGUUGGUCACCUUCAGUCAUCUGACCUCAAGCGCCAGUCCUGGUGUAAAAGUCCGACUGACAAAUAAUGGCAUCGAAUACGGCAGACAACUGGGGAUGGCUGCCAUCCAGAAGAAACUCCAAAGCAUAACAAUUCCAGAUAUUUCCGGGAGAGAGCGAGUGUCCAUCGUCGGCAAGGUCCGAUACAGUCUGUCCAAUAUCCGAACGGUGGCUGUGGGACUACCUUCCUCUUCUGUGGAUCUGGUGCCUGGUACCGGCGUCAAACUCUCCAUCAGUAACGCCUUCAUCAGCAUGAAGGGAAACUGGAGGGUCAAAUUCCGCAGAAUACUGAGGGACAGCGGUUCCUUUGAUUUGAGUGUGAAUGGACUGUCCGUCAGCACGGUUUUGGCAGUCCAAAGUGAUGCAACGGGGCGACCUCAAGUCAGUAACGUCCAGUGUACAGCUACUGUUGGCAGCGUGAAUGUCAAAUUCCACGGUGGAGCCAGCUGGCUGUACAAUCUUUUCCGAAAGUUCAUUAAUAAGGCAUUGCGCAAUACGCUACAAAAAAAGAUCUGCCCCCUGGUGGUUGACGCUGUGUCUGAUUUGAACCCUCAGUUGAGAACGCUCAAUGUCUUAGCCCGAGUGGACAAGGCUGCAGAAAUUGACUAUUCAAUGGUUGGCGCACCUACAAUCACAAACUCAUUAAAUUUGGGCUUGAAGGGGGAGUUCUACAAUAUCGGGAAGCAUCGAGAAACUCCGUUCCCCACCACCGUCUUCUCUCUGCCACCCGAGAACAACAAAAUGUUGUACUUGGGCUUGUCUGCCUUCACCGCCAACUCUGCGGCUUUCGUCUACAACACAGCCGGAGUCCUGAGCGUGUACAUUACUGAUGAUAUGAUCCCGAGCUUCUCCCCAAUCAGGCUCAACACAAGAACUUUUGGCGUUUUCAUCCCCGAGAUUGCCAAAGCUUUCCCGGGUUUGAUGAUGAAAUUGCUCAUAAAGACGGUGAAAAAUCCCGUCGUCACUUUGGAGCCCAAAAACGUGACUAUUCAAGCCACCGGCACGGUGACGGCCUACGCAAUCCAACCCAACGGCACUCUCUCGCCGCUAUUCGUCCUUAAUUUGGACACCAGUGUCAGCGCCCGAGUGUUUGUUAGUGGCACGAGGCUAAAUGGAAACGUCACCCUGAACAAAAUUGAUCUGACCUUGGAGACAAGUUAUGUCGGAGACUUUCGGGUGAGAUCUCUUGACAACAUCCUGAGCGCGGUCCUCAACUUGGUUGUCAUACCCCUAGUCAACGUUCGACUUGGAAUAGGAUACCCGCUCCCCACCCUUGGAAAGGUGAAACUUGUCAAUCCUGAGCUUCAGGUCCUAAAGGACUUCCUGUUGAUUGGGACAGAUGUUCAGUUUACGGCGUGAUGAGAGCGGGCACCCAAAUAAUUUUUUCCCCCUACGUCUAUGGAGGAACAAUGACAGCAAACAUUACAUCUAAAUGACUCCGAGCUACAACUCAUCUCCAGCCUGCAAAUCAAACCAAUAUUAUUAUUCAACAUUUGUGACAAUUUCUCUUUGUCAAAGUUAAUUACUGCAUGUUUUCUUUGCUUUGCAAAUGAAAUGUAAAUGAGGGAUGUGUUGGGUUUUUUUCCCUUCAGCAUUGUGUCAUCCAAACAGCGUGCGGGACAGUCUGUGCCUCUCACAUGGGAAUCGUCUUUGUUGUAUUUUAAUAACAUGCUAAAUAAAUCACAAAUAAAAUG